AAAAAUAUUAAUUCAGUUGGUGGUUCAUAAUCAAAUAAGUUACAUCGAACAGCAUUGGGAUUUUGGAUUGGUUUUUCUUGUUCGUUAUUUUUAAAACUUCAAAAGUUAAUAUGAAGUAUUUUAUAGUAUUAGCUUUGUGCUUGAGUGCUGCUGUGGCAGAUUUUCCAACAGACCUUCAUUCGAGAGUUAAUUCGAUUCGUGAUAUUCACUAUUCACAACACUCACAAACUGUAGGUGAUGCUAAAAGGAUUGUCAAUGAGAGAUUAGGAGGUGGAUAUCUUUCUAGUUCAGAUGCUGGUCAACAACAACUCCAAUCAUCAUUGGAAGAUGUCGACUCAUAUGGCGUUGGAACUGUAGGAGCAAGUGGUUUGAGCUCAAGAGGUUCUUCCUCAUCCUACAACAGCGCUAGUAGCAGCAGUCAAUCUGACACCCAACAAGUUCUGCAAGAUGAAUAUUUAAAUGCUGGCGUUGCCGUCGGUGCUGGUGCUGGAUCAGCAUCAUCAUUCAACACAGAAUACAGCUCAUCACAAAAUGCUGGCGCGGGACCAAUUGUCAUUCCCGUUAGUGCUGGUGUAGGUGGUUCUGAGAGUUUUUCAGAACAAUCAGAAAGACGUGUCGAAGGCGGAAGUUCUCCAGUGGUUAUCACAUCUCCUGUUGUAGGAGGUUCCGAAUCGUACUCGCGUCACCAUGAAUCGCGAGUUCAAAGUCAGGCUGCACCAGUUUACGUGAGUGGACCGUCAGGAGGUGCAGAAAGCUACUCCCACCAUGAAGAACGUCGUGUUCAAAACCAGGCUGCUCCUGUCUAUGUAGCUCCAGCUGGAGGUUCAGAAAGCUACUCCCACCAUGAGGAACGUCGUGUUCAAAAUCAAGCUGCUCCUGUCUACGUUGCUCCAUCUGGAGGCUCAGAAAGCUACACCCACCAUGAAGAACGUCGUGUCCAAAAUCAAGCUGCUCCUAUCUAUGUAGCUCCAUCUGGAGGCGCAGAAAGUUACUCCCACCAUGAAGAACGUCGUGUCCAAAAUCAAGCUGCUCCAGUGUACAUUAGCUCACCUGUUGGUGGAUCAGAGAGCUACACCCAUCAUCGAGAACAACGUAUUCAGCAAGCUGCAAUUCCAACUGUCUAUACUCCAAGUGGUGCCUCUGAAAGCUACACCCACCAUCGUUCACAACGUAUUCAAAGUCAACCAUCAAUCAUCUACUCAUCUCCCAGUGGUACCUCAGAGAGUUACUCACACCGAAGUGAGAAAGUAGUCAAGGCUCAGCCUGUUCCCCUAUAUAUUGCUCCAUCUACCGGAUCGGAAAGUUACUCGCAGAUGAGGAAAUUCUCUUCUCAAUCUCAAGCAGCUCCUUUGGCUAUAGUUCCAUCAGUUGGACUAAGCUCACACUCAUCUCUACUCAACAGCCAUUCACAGACUGUGCCCGGAGUCACUUACUUCCCCAGUGAAAACUCCUACAGUCGAUUAUCGGAGAGCAUUGCAAACAGUCAAAUUGCUCCAACUUACAGCACCAUUAUUACACCAGGUGGCGGUGCUUCUGAAUACAGUUACACUCACAAAAGCUCAAAGUCUCAAGCUCGCCCAAGUGUUAUUUACACAGCUCCAGCUUUGAAUUCUCAUUCUAGUUACACUUCGUCUCAGUCUUCAAGAAAUGCCGGUUCCAAUUUGGUUCCCAUUGUAACUGGUUUGGGUGCAUCUAGUUCUUUAGUUGAUGCCAAUAGUUUGUACGCUACAAAUAGCCUUAAUAGUGCUUUGGUUGUUCCAACUACUUCCACCUUUGGUUCUCACUCAUCGAUCUUUGAUUCUGGAUUACAAACAUCAUCUGGUCUAGGACGCUAUAUGACCGAAUCGGAACGUUUGGCCAGGUUACAAGCUCAAGACGUUGGUUUCGGAGGAUUCCGUACUGGAAGUUCACAAUUGAAUUUGGAUGGAACUAGCUCAUUUGGUGGUCUAGGAUCAGGUAAUUUGCUGGUUGGAGACGGUGGUAGUGGUUACCGUACUAAAUCAUGGGAAAAGAGUUCGAAAUGGGCUUCUGGUACUCAGUUCGGUUCUGAUGGAAGACCAAACAACUACAAUCUGCUCUCAACAGCUGAGUCUGAAAAUCAUGAUAUCAAUGGUAGACAAGCUGGUUACAAAGCUGCUACUACUACUCUGGAUGAUAAUGGAAAAGUCAGCACCUACAGCAUUCAUUCAUAAGAGAAAUAUAGGAUUUAUAUUGCAGUGUAAAUUUAUUCAAGUUUUAAAGACUUUAUUUUGUUAAAAUUAAAAACAAUUUAAUUAAU